AUGAGCUUGGUGUGUGAGGACAGAGGUUUGAACGCCUGGGGCGUGGCCACUGAUGGAAGUGAGGUCCAGCCUUUCCUGCCCACGUGGCUGGCCGAGCCGAGCUCUGUCGGGAGGAACGUCACUGAAGACCUGGUGCCUAUCGAGGACAUCCCGGAGGUCCACCCUGACCUGCAGAGGAAGCUGCGCGCUCACGGCAUCUCGUCCUACUUCCCAGGGUUCCUCGUGGCCAGAGGCGGCUACCAGCCCAGGGACCUCUGUGUUUCUGCCCCGACGGGCAGUGGGAAGACCCUGGCCUUUGUCAUCCCCGUGGUGCAGGCCCUGCUGCAGCGAGCUGUGUGCCAGGUUCGCGCCCUGGUUGUGUUGCCCACUAAGGAGCUGGCCCAGCAGGUGAGCAAAGUAUUCAACGUCUACACCGACGCCACGCCUCUGCGCGUCGCCCUGGUCACCGGGCAGAAGUCGCUGGCCAAGGAGCAGGAGAGCCUCGUCCAGAAGACGUAGGUCCUGCUGGGCGCGGGCCC